ACCUUGCAGCAAAGAAGGCCAGCAGCAUCCUGGGCUGGGCAAGAGUGCUGAAGAGCAAGAUUGCUCAACACUUGCACAAGUGAGCACCUGCUAACUCCUGCUCUCUGAAUCAGAACUUGUCUACUUAAGGAAAACAGCCAGCUCAACUGAUUUGCAAACCAGUGUUGAAAGACUUAUGGGAAUUCUUGUGGGACUAUGAGGGCAGUAGGGAGAUGUUGCAGUUCCAGCUCGUGGUGGCGCAUUUGGCCCUUGUGAUUGCCCUGCUGUGGUGGAACUCCAGCUCUGUGCUCCUUGCACAGGCAGCUCCAGAGCCUCUGGAGCCUUCUGCUGCUCUGGGUGUGGGAGACCAUCCCAUUGCCAGUGAAGAGAAGUCAGCCACCAACCUGGCAGCCAAACUGUUCCUUCUUGAUGACCUGGUGUCUCUGGAGAAUGAGGUGACUGAAACCAAGAAGAAAAGAAGCUUCCCAGGAUUUGGCUCCCCCAUUGACAGAAUUUCUUCAUCCUCUGAGGAUGCUAAAGGCAAACAGAGGAAAGUGCUUGAGCUGCCUAAGAGAAGGUUUGGAGUUCCUCUGGACCGGAUUGGAGUGAGCCACCUUGGCAGCACCAGGGGUUAGCAGUUCCUGCAGAUGCUUCUAUUCUGAAUGAGUGAUGCUGUAUUGGAAACUUCACAGAGCUUUGGAAGAUGCCUCACAGCAUGUCUUGUCUUUGCCUAAUGAUACAGCACUCAAGGAAUUGACCUCCUGCAAAAUCCGUUUCAAGUUGCAUUUUACAAAUGUUGCAUUUACAAAUAAUAACAUGUUCAGUUCAUCAGGUCAGAAUACUCUCACAGCUGUGCACAGUGUCACUGGUAGGAGGGAACAGAGAAUAUGUAUAUAUUUUUAUGGCAUGGCAUGUAUCUGUUAAACUUGCAGAAUUUUAUUAUCCUAGGCAAGACUGAGAUUUUUUGGAUUGAAAAUAAAACUUACAGAGAUGCCAACAGCAGUCCAUGAAAAGCA